ACUAGCUCUUGAAGACUUAAACAUAUAUAGAAGUCAAAAAACAAUUGAAGUGUAAUUCAUCAUUGUCUUCUCUUAAGAUUUGUUCAUGGAACUUUUUCACAACCUCAAAAUUCUCAGCACAAUUCUGCUCCUAUGCAUGUUUCCUCACUCACUCAAGUGCCAACAAGCAUACCUCAAUGGCACUGUCUAUGACUGUUCUGAUAACCCUUCAGUCCCAAAAGGUUACCUUUGCAAUGGCCUUCAGAAGUCAUGCACUUCCUUCUUACUUUUCAGGUCAAAACCUCCCUAUGAUAGCCCCGAGAAAAUUGCUUACCUUCUUGGCUCUGAGGCAUCAACCAUAGCCUCAAUCAACAUGAUUUCAAGAAAUGACAAGAUUCCUUCCAAUAAGUCAAUCAUUGUUCCUGUGUUCUGUUCAUGUUCAGGAAACAUCUACCAGCAUAACACACCCUACACUGCAAGCAAGAAUGACACCUACUAUGAGUUGGUAAAAGAAACCUUCCAAGGCCUCACCACAUGUCAGGCAAUGAUGGGUCGGAAUUACUAUGCUCCUGUCAACAUUGUAAUUGGUGCUGAGCUCACAGUUCCAAAGUUAUGUGCUUGUCCAACUGAAAAUCAGACAGCAAGAGGGAUCACCUCUUUGCUGGUUUACUUGGUGAACUAUGGUGACACUAUUAAGUCCAUAGGAAGGGCUUAUGGUGUGGAUGAACAAAGUGUGCUAGAGGCCAAUAAGUUGGCAGAGCCACAAAGUUCAAACAGGAGCAUGGACCUCUUUGCCUUGACACCUAUUUUAGUUCCUUUAAUAGGGAAGAGCUGCAAAGAGAACCCAGAUAAAUUCUAUUGUAGAUGUUACCAAGCACCAGAUGGAAUCCUCAAGGGGCCCUUCUGUGGUGAAUCUGACGGUCAGAAAUUCCCAGCCAAAUUGGUUGCUGGUUUAGGAGUUGGAAUUGGUGCAGGCUUUCUGUGCUUGUUUCUUUUGGGGUACAAAUCAUAUCAAUACAUACAGAAAAAGAGAGAAAGUAUCCUUAAAGAAAAGUUAUUCAGGCAAAAUGGUGGCUACUUGUUACAGGAGAAGCUCUCUUAUGGAAAUGGAGAAAUGGCAAAGCUUUUUACAGCUGAGGAGCUGCAAAGAGCUACAGAUAACUACAAUAGGAGCAGGUUUCUUGGUCAAGGUGGCUAUGGCACAGUGUACAAAGGAAUGUUACCAGAUGGAACCAUAGUUGCAGUUAAAAAGUCAAAAGAGAUUGAAAGGAACCAGAUAAAGACUUUUGUCAAUGAAGUAGUCAUUUUAUCUCAGAUCAACCACAGGAACAUUGUAAAACUAUUAGGUUGUUGUCUUGAGACAGAAACUCCAAUACUAGUCUAUGAAUUCAUUCCUAAUGAAACACUUUCCCAUCACAUACAUAGGAGAGACAAUGAACCCUCCCUUUCAUGGGUUAGUCGCCUUAGAAUCGCAUGUGAGGUUGCAGGAGCAGUGACAUAUAUGCAUUUUUCAGCUUCUAUUCCCAUUUUCCAUAGAGACAUCAAACCCACCAACAUACUUUUAGACAGUAACUACAGUGCCAAAGUGUCUGAUUUUGGAACAUCUAGAUCAGUUCCACUAGAUAAGACUCACUUAACCACAGCUGUUGGAGGAACUUUUGGGUACAUAGACCCUGAGUAUUUUCAGUCUAGUCAAUUUUCAGAUAAGAGUGAUGUGUAUAGUUUUGGGGUUGUGCUUGUAGAGCUCAUAACUGGGAGAAAGCCUAUUUCAUUCUUAUAUGAAGAUGAGGGUCAAAAUCUGGUUGCUCAAUUCAUUUCUUUGAUGAAGAAGAACCAAGUUUCUGAAAUUUUUGAUGCCAGGGUGCUCAAGGACGCAAGGAAAGAUGACAUUCUUGCUGUUGCAAAUCUUGCAAUGAGAUGCUUGAGACUUAAUGGGAAGAAAAGACCGACAAUGAAAGAGGUUUCAGCAGAAUUAGAAGCAUUGAGAAAGGCACAAAGUUCAUUACAGAUGAGCCAUGAUCAUGAGCACACAACUAGUAACAUAGUUCAAGAGUGCACAGAGGAAAGCAUAUCACUGUCCUUACAUCUAGAGUCCACAUCCUUUUAGGAAGCCAUAUUUUUUUUAAUAAGCUUUUAGGAAGUCAGAUUGAUAUCCGAUUCUUUUAUUAAAUAUGCUUUAGUGCCUUAUUUUUACUUUUCAGUACAAGUAUAAAAGUGUAUCCCCUUAGAUAAAUGACAAUAUUGAUAUUUCUCCACAAGAAUAUCAGUUUAAACUUUGAAAUACUCGAGCUUGGUAGACAAUUGAAAAAUCUUCAUUCAUACUUGUCAACUUUGUUGUUUGUUGUUGACUUGAAAAA